AUGAGCUGCAGACAGUUCUCCUCGUCCCACUUGAGCCGCAGCGGCGGGGGUGGCGGGGGCGGCGUGGGCAGCGGGGGCAGCAUAAGGUCUUCCUACAGCCGCUUCAGCUCCUCAGGGGGCGGUGGAGGAGGGGGCCGAUUCAGCUCUUCCAGUGGCUAUGGAGGGGGAAGCUCUCGUGUCUGUGGGAGGGGAGGUGGCGGCAGUUUUGGCUACAGCUACGGCGGAGGAUCUGGGGGUGGUUUUAGUGCCAGUAGUUUAGGCGGUGGCUUUGGGGGUGGUUCCAGAGGUUUUGGUGGUGCUUCUGGAGGCUAUGGUAGUUCGGGGGGUUUUGGAGGUGGCUUUGGUGGUGGUUCUGGAGGUGGCUUUGGUGGUAGCUAUGGGGGUGGGUUUGGUGGUGGCUAUGGGGGUGGAUUUGGGGGCUUUGGAGGUGGUGCUGGAGGCGGUGAUGGUGGUAUUCUGACUACUAAUGAGAAGAGCGCCAUGCAGGAACUCAAUACUCGGCUGGCCUCUUACUUGGAUAAGGUGCAGGCUCUAGAGGAGGCCAACAAUGACCUGGAGAAUAAGAUCCAGGAUUGGUAUGACAAGAAGGGCCCUGCUGCAGUCCAGAAGAACUACUCCUCUUACUACAACACUAUUGAUGAUCUCAAGGACCAGAUUGUGGACCUGACAGUGGGCAACAACAAAACUCUUGUGGACAUCGACAACACUCGCAUGACACUAGAUGACUUCAGGAUAAAGUUCGAGAUGGAGCAAAACCUGCGGCAAGGAGUGGAUGCUGACAUCAAUGGCCUGCGGCAGGUGCUGGACAAUCUGACCAUGGAGAAGUCUGACCUGGAGAUGCAGUAUGAGACUCUGCAGGAGGAGCUGAUGGCCCUCAAGAAGAAUCAUAAGGAGGAGAUGAGUCAGCUGACUGGGCAGAACAGUGGAGAUGUCAAUGUGGAGAUAAACGUCGCUCCUGGCAAAGAUCUCACCAAGACCCUCAAUGACAUGCGUCAGGAGUAUGAGCAGCUCAUUGCUAAGAACAGAAAGGACAUCGAGAAUCAAUAUGAGACUCAGAUAACCCAGAUCGAGAACGAGGUAUCCAGUAGCGGUCAGGAGGUGCAGUCCAGUGCCAAGGAGGUGACCCAGCUCCGGCACGGUGUCCAGGAGUUGGAGAUUGAGCUGCAGUCUCAGCUCAGCAAGAAAGCAGCCCUGGAGAAGAGCUUGGAAGACACGAAGAACCGCUACUGUGGCCAGCUGCAGAUGAUCCAGGAGCAGAUCAGUAACUUGGAGGCCCAGAUCACUGAUGUCCGGCAAGAGAUUGAGUGCCAGAAUCAGGAAUACAGCCUUUUGCUCAGCAUUAAGAUGCGGCUGGAGCAGGAAAUCCAGACCUACCGCAACCUCCUUGAGGGAGGCCAGGAAGACUUUGAAUCCUCCGGAGCUGGAAAAAUUGGUCUUGGAGGUGGCCAAGGAGGUCGAGGAGGAAGUGGAGGAAGUUAUGGAAGAGGUUCCAGGGGAGGAAGUGGAGGCAGCUAUGGUGGAGGAAGUGGUUCUGGAGGUGGCUAUGGUGGAGGAAGUGGAGGUGGCCAUAGCGGAGGAAGUGGAGGUGGCCAUAGUGGAGGAAGUGGGGGCAACUAUGGAGGAGGAAGUGGCUCUGGAGGAGGAAGUGGGGGUGGCUAUGGUGGAGGAAGUGGGUCCAGGGGAGGAAGUGGGGGCAGCCAUGGUGGAGGAAGUGGUUUUGGAGGUGAAAGUGGAGGCAGCUACGGAGGUGGUGAAGAAGGGAGUGGAAGUGGUGGCGGCUAUGGAGGAGGAAGCGGAAAAUCAUCCCAUUCCCAGUCUUCUUCCUCAAAAUCUGGUGACCAAGAUGAGACAAAAGGCUUCCUUUCGCGAUACUAGAGCCUCUGUAAACUUCUCCUGCCCAGCCCCAGCUGAGUAUCCCCAGAUGGGCAGACCCCUGAUGAAGCCUGCUAUUGGAUCCUGACAUCAGGAAUAGCUGGCAACGAGCCCCUGUGCCCGUUUGGGACUGGACUGAC